CUGACCUUGACCGGUCGCCCUUCGGCGGCCGACGGCGACCGACUCCACAGCAGCGCGCCUGGACGGCCGGCGGCCGGUGGGUCGUGCGGUGCUGCUGCGUGUGAAUCCCACUGGAAGUUGUUAUACGGACAAAUCCUCACAAUUGCUGCGGAAAGCCAGAGUAAGCUGUUCGAAAACAAUGGAAGGCAGAAGCACAUCAGCUCCUGAGAGCGCCUGCCCUGAGCUGCCGACUGAAACUAGCUCACAGGAGCACAGCGACCGCCUCUCGGAAGCGCUGCACCCCUCAACCGGCUCGAGCAUUCUUCCAGCUUCGGAGGUUUGCAAUACUAUGGCCGAUACGCUACCCUCAAGAGACAUUCAUGCUGACGAGAGUGAUCUGUUUAUGGAAGAUGAUGAGGCGUUUCUUGGUGACCUGACUUCUUUUCUUGAUGACGACAGCAUCCCGUGCGACCUAAACUUUGACCCAAUCGAGAGCGAGCCAGCUCUGGAGACAGCCGAACGAAGCACCUGCAAUGCCAAUGUCAGCUCGAGAACCGUUCUGCCGUCAGAAUUGGACGACCUUCUCGACAUGGUGAUGAUGUCAGGGUAUCGCACAAAUGAGACCAGAGACGACGUUCAACACUGGAUGGAGCCUGAUACUCCAGAAACCUACCACGAGAAUCAAUACGAUCUUUCUCAAACCCUGCUCUCGUCAAGUUUUCCGUCCCUAUUUGACGGCAGCGCGGAUAUGUCUCCGAUUCCGCGACAUUACCGAAGCACGACACAAAUGCAGCCUUCAAGUACAUGUGCGACCGACGAAUGGAGGUCCUCAGAAGCCGGGGUAGCGAGCACCAGUCUGCUCGCCGCUCCUGGGGUCGACCAAUGGCCCUCCGCCCCACCGGCUUCUCUCGGAGCCGCAAACAUUAAAUUGGAAAGGUCUCUGGUCACGGCAACAGUUACCUCGGCGUCAGUGGGGAACAGCGCUGCUAACUCUGCAUCAGGCGCGGAGAACUCGGCCGACGACAGCUGCGUCUCAUCCACGAGCCCCGACUUUCCGGGCCCGAGCUUCGGCAGUCCGUGCGUCCCGGCGGCUCAGGACGAUCCAUACUUUCCGCUCCCUGCGCUGGAGGUAAUUCUGAUGUCCUCUGAGGCCCGGUUCAUGCACCUGGUGCAGACACUCUGCCGCGAGUUUCCCACUGAGCUGCACCAGUUCAUGUUGGUGGUGUCUGGGGAUCGGGGCAUCACGCCGCCACCCGCUGACGGCCAGGUGAUGUCCGUGAAAGGCAUGCUGGAACUGCGCCGCGAGAUCGAGCAGGUCCAGCCUAUAGAUACCCUUCUGCUGGAGAGAAUCAUUACAGAAAGUGAACACAAGCUUGGCAGACACGAGCGGAUCCUCAAGGAGAUAUUGCGCAUCACUUGCCGCGGAGACAUGUCGCAGUGGGAACGAAAACUGGUCUGGGGAAGGGAGGAGAGGAAAAGGCUUCAGGAUGAAACAGACAAUGCGAACUCCGCGUCCACACUGAAGCGACAUCGAGCACUCCAAAAAUCUACCGAUCCCCUUUUGGGAGGUGUAAUUGCUGAAUCAGAGGGCCCUGAGUUCAGCUUGGAAGAGGUGGCCGACGAGAUCAGCGUGACAUCGCUGGAGAGCGACACAGAGCCAGAUCAGACGGACCUGCCGCACGCCUUCUGCUACCCGAAGGGCCCCGACCUGCUGCGCUCCAACCGGGACGUGGCCCACCCGCACCUGGAGGCGCCCGUGGCCGACUCUGUGUGCCAGACCCAGUUCGGCAAGGUGAAGUUCUCCGUGUACCCGGGAAUCCGCUGGGGGCGGGAUCCACUGCGGAAAAAGAAGCGUCUCGAAAGGAAACUGAGUGAGGUGCUCAAAGACGGUGAAACUGAUGUGUUCAUCUGCGAUGACCUUCUCGAAGAUCUGGACAUGGAGUCUUCCGUGGAAUCCCUGCUCCAAUGCCUGACACAGCACAAUCUGCGCUGUCCGAAAGCUGCCGAGUGGCAGCGCAGCCGUUCGCUGUCGUCUCUGGAACGUAGCACCACCAGCUGCAGAGCCUCCCGGCCAUCCACCAGCCACCUCAUCAUCCGCAAAAUGUCCGACGGCACACCGUUCCUAGACGGGACCGGCCAGCGCGCCUCGACGAGAACCAUGGACAGGGAGGAGUUUCUCUCUCAGCUGGCCGACGGACGGAUGACGCUGGCCGCUCAGCCUCCGGAGCACUACAACCAGCUGCUGGUCAAGCGGUCUGAGACGGACGGAAAGAGUGGCUGCUCAGGGUCACGCCGCAUGCCAGAGACCGGUCUGAUUCGUCACCCGGUGUCCUUGCCCGGCAUGCCGUCCCAGCAGGACAUCUCGCUUGCCUCGCAAGUGGCCAAGGAUUUGCUGAGUAGACAAACCCGGGACCUGUAUCGGUCCUCUAUGCUUCGAUCUGACAAACGGGAAGAGAUGGGCGUAAGCCAGCCGGGACGCCUCGGCAAGGGUCGUGAUGGUACGGGGCUCGACAGGCAAAAACGUGGCCUCGAAACUCGAGAAGGUAAUGGAGCAUUCUCUGCUGCUGCCACCUCGUCGAAUGACAACGAUUCCCAUUGGAAAAAUCUUAUGGAUUCUGUCUUACAGCCGAGAAGCCGAAGCAGAUCAUCAACAAGCUCAGACAGGAAGAGAUCUCUGGAUUUCCGUCACGAAUCGUCACAGCGAAAGCGUCACUUCUCCUUGGGGACAACCAGGCCGAGAGAUCUAUCGAAGCACACCAGAGCUCCUCAUCCGCCCACCAUCCUUCUACAAGGCGUUCCACUUGCGAGCACCGCCUGCACCCCAUCUGUGUCUCACAGAAGCACGUCCCUGCACAGGCAGCCUCUCCUGUUGCCGAAGCCCGCAGUAUCCAUCUCGAGCACCGCAAUCCACACCUCCAUCUCGAUGCAGUCCUCGAGCGGCUCGGUCGGCAAGCUGGGGUCCUUCAGCACCCGGCUGAGCCGCGGGUACGACACGCUCCUGGGCACGGCUCGGGGGCGUGGACACGCUGUGGGCACCGGUCCCCGUCAGGACGGAGGCAGGCUGGUGCCGCUGGAGCCCGAGUCCGUCGUGGUGGGGGACGGACGGGAGCAGCAGCCGGCGGAAGGGGAGGGAAGCGCUCUGACGGAGCCGGCCUCUGUGACCGCUGAGGAGGCCAAGAGAGUCAUCAUGGAGCCGCCGUCACCCAAAAGCCUGCAGGCGCGAGAUAAAAUACUACGCGCGAUGGUGUCUGUGACUGAUGACACCGAUGACGUCACGUCGAUGCACUACCACCGGCCGCGCCACUGCGACUUUCGCCGUCUCGGCAUCGGAGGGUUCCUGAUGGAGCCGGCUGGCGGCCGCGGCCGACUCAAGAUCAUCUACAGCGCCAGAAAGAUUGUGUACGAGUUCGACUAUCCACCGGCAUCUGAGGAAUGCGAGCAAAGACAGCUGGUUCACAUAGAGGUCAAGUUCUCCAGCGUCAUUGCGUUACAAUCAUCCACAGAAGAGCUGAGGAUCGUGGUGUGCCAGAUACCGACCGUGCUCGUCGGUCGGCCCUCGUCGGAGCCCGUCUCACAGCGCGGUCGACCCUGCGAGGCCGGCACCGGUGACCCGACCGAGCCAGAGAUCACCAACACUGACCCCCGGCUGCGAGCCUUCGUCAGUGGAGACAUAAGGGACUCGCCGCUGCAUCUGCUGCAGCUGAGUCAGGCAGCGUGUGAGGCCGCCUGCCGCACGCUGGGCAGGGUCAGCCGCCGCUUCCACGAUAUGCUCUGCUGUCCGCCGCGACUCGACGGCUACGUGCCCCGCUGGAGACUGGUGUCCGCCAGUGACGUCACCAGCUGGAGACCGGCGUCCACCAGUGACGUCACGGGUGCAGCUGUGGGCGCGGCCGGCGGUGCAGGAGUGAGCCAGGAGGGCUGCCAGACGUGGCUGCAGUCCGGUCAGCCCCAGAGCUGUAACUGCCGCUUCUCCUGCCGCUCGCUGGACUGUCCGUGCUCGCGUGCCUCUCUGCCCUGCGGCUAUGGCAGCACCGCGUGCCGCUGCGGCCCGGGCUGCUCCAACACCUUCAACGCCGUGCUGGAGGAGGGCAUCGACGUGGAGACGGCCCGCGAGGACACGUGCCUCGUGCAGAACGUGUUCGCCGUCAACAAGCCGAAGGAGAUUCGUCGCCUGCUGUCGGACUCGCAGCCCUGUCCGCACUGCCAUCUGUUGGUGGAGAUUCGCAGCGUGGUGCCCAUGCAGCGGCCGUGCCCGCACUGCUCCAAACCGGUGGUGUUCUCCUGGUGUCAGCGCAAACUGCGCGACAGCCGCAACCACUGCCUGGUCUGCAUCGGCUGCUCCGAGGUCAACUUCCAGCACUGCCUGCUCUGCAAGUUCUGCACGCGGCGCACCCGCCAGCACGGACCGUGCACGCAGUGCGCGGCACGCGGCGAACAGUGGCGCACCAGCCGGCGCUACGUCACUGCCGAGGGCCAGCUGUUCUCGCGUCAGCUGAUGUCUGAGCUGCGACUGACGCCGACUGGGGCAGGACGGGACUGCGGCGGCCCGGCGACCAGUGGGGAGGGCGACGGCCCGUCAGCUACCGUGUGAGGACGGACCGCGGCGGGAGACAGGACUGCUGUCUGAGGCAGUCCGUGGUAAGAGGAAGGACAGCCCCCAGCCACCGUCUGAGGCAGGACUGCAAUCUGAGGGAGGACUGCCGUCUGAGGGAGGACUGCAAUCUGAGGCAGGAUCACCGCCUGGGGGAGGACUGCAGUCUGAGGCAGGAUCACCGUCUGGAGGAGGACUGCAGUCUGAGGCAGGAUCACCGUCUGAGGGAGGACUGCAGUCUGAGGCAGGAUCACCGUCUGAGGGAGGACUGAAGUCUGAAACAGGACUGCCGCCUGAGGGAGGACUGCAGUCUGAGGCAGAACUGCCGUCUGAGGAAGGUCUGCCGCUUGAGGCAGCCCACGGUGAGAGUCUAGUCUGUCCUGUCGAUUUCUACCUCGGAUUUGAAGGACCAACGAGAGACGAGAGGCUCGAGAGGCUGUUUUUGUUCUAUUUGUCUCGUGGUGUUUAUGUGCGUACUACUACGCAAACUACAUAGUUAUUAGUUAAUUAUGAACAUGUUACACGCAUUUUGUUUCAUUGUAAUAACUUGAGUCAUCGUCACUUUCAGCACAGUAAGAGAGGAAAUAAAACCGGAUGACGUUACCAAUCAAUGCCUAUAGUGAUUCUUUGAUAUGGAAACUGCUCGGGCACUGUUACGCUUUUGUUGCUUUUGUUACAUUUCUAUCGCAUUAGUGUUCUGUUUUCUCGUCAUUUCUAUCAAUAUAUUUUUUUCCAUCAA